UGCAACGCUGCUAGAGCCCAGAAUAACGCAAGAGCUGCCGGUGAAUUGUAAGCCUGUAUCUAUCUAUCAAUUAUUGAACAAGCCCGAUAUACACUUGGAUUAUAAUCAUGACUCUGGAACUGGAAGAGAUCCGUGGACAGGAGAGCGCACUCGAUACCACCGAUAGACUGCAAAUUGCAGGCACGGCCCUGGAGGAGCUGUUGGUGUCUGCAAAGAAACAGGACUAUCUUACGGUGGGAGUCUACGAGUCUGCCAAAGUUAUGAAUGUUGACGCAGACAAUGUGGCAUUCUGCGUUCUGGCGACAGACGAGGAGUACGAAUGCGACAUCGCGCUCCAGAUCCACUUCACCCUCAUCCAGGCUUUCUGCUUCGAUAACGACAUCAACGUGGUGCGCGUAAACGAUAUCGAGCGCCUGGCUGACCUCGUGGGCACGGACGAAACUGGGGAACCCAAGGACGCCCAUUGCAUUCUUGUCACGAGCCCUGGUGCUGAGUCGUGGAAAGACCCUGCUUUGGACAAACUGCAUCUGUUCUGUGAGGAGAGCCGCAGUGUGUAUGACUGGGUUCCCACCAUCACCCUCCCUGAACGCUGAACAACUACACCCUCUGCAUGCUUCAUUUGACGAUGAUGAAGAUGACGAAGAAAGCAUCAAAUAAAUCGGAAACCUCAGGGUUUGAAGCCUGCCUGUCUAUUGGAAUAUAAGGCUGUGGCUGUAACCAAGGACCCAGAGUGCAGUGUGGGAAGGCAGUGUGGUUCUGGAUUACUCAUGUGGACUGGCCCAGGUGUAUGUGGACUGGGCCCAUGUCAUGUCAUGAAAUCCCAGAUCAGGAUAGGGACUUGAACUGGAAUGAACUCUGAAGUACACGGAGACAGGUCAUGACCCUAUAGCUGCCCUGGCUAAGGUCAAGAGUUAGGGGUGAACUGAGGGGAUGGUCAGAGAAAGAGAGAGGAGGAGGGAGGAGGAGGUGGACUUGUGAAAGUGUGAAACAUGGCUGGAUGUGAGGUGGUUUUGUUGUAGCAGAAAGAGAUGUGGAAGAAGACAGACUUCAAAAAGGUUCUCAGAAGAGAAAGGAAAAUAUUGGACUUCAUUUUUUAAGUUUUACAAAGACACUGGGGAGUGCUCGGAUUGAAACUCAGAGACAAUAACUUUCUUAAAAUGAUGCAAGCUGUUCUUAUGGCCUACCACUGAAUGAACUUGGCAAACAUCAAUUUGUUGGACUAUGAAUUGUAUUGAUUAUUUUACUGCCAUUCUGUUUGUUAUGAAACUGUAAACACAUUUUACACAAUUUCUUAAUAAAUGCUUUAAACUUUA